AAUUCACUUCGAAGUCUGGACCUCCGAGUCCAUAACAACAGGCUUCGACGGAUGCAAAGUAAUAUUUAUGUGAUAAAUAUAAACGGUAGAAAAAUCGGAAAUAUGUAGCAGUGAUGCAGACAUAAACAAUUUACAAACAGGAGAAAUCAUACAGUGUACUAAGUUGAGAAGAUGGCGACAUUGAAUGGCUUACACGCCACUAGGAAUGGUGUAAAUGGCACCACAAACGGGGAUGGGAACCACGAGUCACUUAAUGGCAGUGGUGUCCCGAAGCGACGGAGUAAACCAAAUAGUGGUAUCGGUCCAGACGGAUAUCCCCGUCUACCACCAAUAAAAAAGCCGCAAGUGAAAAUAGAUGACCCAUAUGCCAACAGCAAAUUGAUGACCUUCAGAUUAGCCAAUCACAAGCAGGCGUUGCUGAUGCAGAUAUUACAUGAUGAUGCCGUCAAGGCUUAUGAAGAAACGAAGGAGGUAAACGAAAAAGACACAGACAAUAAAGACGACCCAGAUUUUCCUCAAGAGAUGAUGAGCAAAGAAAGAAGGAUCCGGCUGAACUACCAGUACCUACGGAAGUGUGUGGAGGCGGGGCCAGUCACGCCCAUGCAGCCAGAAUGGAAUGCUCAAAUUCUGAAGAUGGUGCCAGAACAUCUACAACAAUCGGCCAUGCUCAAGGAAGUCAUCAAGGGACUCUUCGAUGAGAUCAAGGUCGACUUCAAGGCCAGCAUGAAAAAAUCUAUGGUCCAACAUGUACUGCUCAAACCUGGGGUCAAGGGACUGGACAAUGAGGAGGCCGGACCCCCACCACAAGAGCCAAGUGGGUUAGACUUCUCCCGCCCUUGGCAUGAAAGUUACAUGCAGGCAAAGGAGGUCAUCCUGGACAACCUGCAUACCUUGCACCCCUCCAUGCAGACUGUGCUCAACAUGUGUCAAACCACCCUCGGGAACCUCAUACUGGUGGACUGUUCCAAUAUGAGGGCACAUGGAGCCAUCGAGUUUGAAUCCAUGAAAAACAAUAUCCAACUUGACCUUGAGAAAAUGGAAGACAAACUUAUGCACAGCUGGUUUCCAACCAUCAUCAACGUGUUUGCGGACAAAGUAGCAUUUGUUCCUCCAAAGGCGGACAAAAUUGAUUCCUUCUACAACAGUGUGACCACUUUGAUCUCAAACCAGCUUAAAAAUCUACUGGAACGAACCAUCCAUGCAUUUGUCGGUCUAUUCGACCCCAGCGACAAAACCCACCUCCCCCAAAUGAAAAUGGAACUGACCUUUGACGACCAAAAGAUGCAGUUUUAUCCUCCCAAGGAAGACUUGGAGGAGACUGUUCUGUUCGUGGUCAAGCAAGUUUGUAAGACCAUGCAGCAGGUACCAACUGUCCAGUCUUGGUUGGCAGGUGGCAGCACCGUCAACCACACUGACGUCACAAUCUCAAAACACAUCCUAGAUGCAGCGAACAAGAAGCUGAAGGAAGCAGUUAAGCUGAACUUUGAGGCACCACAGGCCCAUCUCAAGUCUUUCGUUCAACGAUACGACUACAUCGUAAAUGGUGAGGCUCUCGCCGAAAUCCAUGAAUAUGUGAAACAUGAACACACCUUCGCUGAAUAUCAAGAGCAAAUUGAAAAGUACCGGGAUGUUGCGAGAGAAAUCAUGGGUUUGCCCAGUAUUGAGCACUUCGAUAUGAUUCGCCUUGACUGUGAGGACCUCAAGCGAGGACUUGCCGAGGCUUCUAGGGGUCUGGCCGAUGAACUUCUGAGGAAGGUGUCCGACGACCACCGGCGAGAAAACAUGAGUAUUUGCCAAGAGUUUACAACAAUGAGAGACCGUGCCCUUCAGCACCCAGAAACUACGGAAGAUCUGAUGAACAUGAUGACAUUUAUCGGCAAUGCCAGAACAGUGGGAAUGGUUGACCUCAACACGCGUAUCUCCGACUCUAAAAACAGGCUGGCAUAUCUCAUCGAUGUGUACAUGUUUCCACCUGAAGAAAUCACCCUCAACUGUGAAGUGCUCACCUGGCCGAAACGUAUCAACCCAGUGUUUGACGACCAUGACGAUCUGGUGGAUCAGUCUAAGAUCAACGGUGAGAAACAAUUACUGGAGAAACGUGAGAAGGUGAUAAUGGAGCUCGAGAAACUGCGUCAGCGUGUUGAUGAGUUUAAUGACUACGGCGAGUUAGACAUGAUGCAGCAGUAUGUCCAAGAUGUCCGCCUCGUACAGAAACGUGUUGCUGACGUCACAGAACAGAUCACCUGGAUCAACAAGGAGGAGCUUCUGUUUAAGUAUCCUAUUUCUACGUACCCGGAUGUUGAUGACAUCACAGCGGCUGUGGAUCCAUUCCAGAGAUUGUUCAAUGUGGUACUACGCUGGCAGAAGGCAGAGAAAAAAUGGAUGGACGGCUCCUUUCUCGACCUGGAUGCUGAGAUAGUAGAUGCAGAGGUGGAUGAUUAUAACAGGGAGCUUUACAAGAUCCAGAAAGUGUUUUCCAAUCGACUCAAGAAGCUACAAAUAGAGGUCGAUGACCGCAACAGGGACAGGAAGAAGCGCCGACGAGGUGCGGAGGAGAGCGGCGAGGAGAUUAAGCCGGAGGACCAGGAUGAGGUGCUACAUCCGCCACAGGCUGUUGGUGUGUGUACCAACGUCAUGGACAGCAUGAGGGAUUUCAAGGAUGUGAUUCCUGUGAUCGGCAUCAUGUGUAACCGAGGUAUGAGAGCUCGUCACUGGACAGACAUGUCAGAUAUUGCUGGCUUUGACCUUACUCCCAACUCCGGAACAACACUCCGAAAAGUCCUCAAAUUAGAGCUUGACGCCCAUAUGGAGAACUUUGAGGGAAUUAGUGCUGCAGCCACAAAAGAACACUCCCUUGAAAAAGCCAUGGUGAAGAUGAUGGAGGAUUGGGAUUCUGUCGAUUUCAAUCUCCUCUCAUACCGAGACACAGGCAUCAGCAUAUUGUCCUCGGUCGAUGACAUUCAAACCAUCCUUGACGACCAGAUCGUCAAGACACAGACCAUGAGAGGUUCGCCAUUCAUCAAACCAUUUGAGAAGGAAAUCAAGGAGUGGGAGGAGCGAUUGAUCCGUAUCCAGGAUACGACGGAUGAGUGGCUGAAAGUCCAGGCCCAGUGGCUGUACUUGGAGCCAAUCUUCUCCUCUGAGGAUAUCAUGAGUCAGAUGCCAGAAGAAGGCCGUCUCUUCACCACUGUCGACAAGAACUGGAAGGACAUUAUGAAACACACCGUCAAGGACCCCAAGGUUCUAGUGGCUACCAACUUGCCAGGACUUCUGGAGAAAUUGAUAGACAGCAACGGUCUUCUAGACAAAAUUAACAAAGGACUAAAUGCCUACCUGGAGAAAAAGCGUCUAUUCUUCCCUCGGUUCUUCUUUCUCUCCAACGACGAAAUGUUGGAAAUUUUGUCUGAAACCAAAGAUCCAACCCGAGUGCAGCCCCAUCUUAAGAAAUGCUUUGAAGGAAUCGCUAAACUUCAGUUUGAUAGCAAACUUGACAUUCAUGCUCUGUUCAGUAGUGAGGGCGAGAAAAUCCAGUUUAGCCAGCCCAUAUCCACAAGUGAUGCUCGAGGUGCCGUGGAAAAAUGGCUUCUCCAAGUGGAGGAGGUCAUGCUGAAAUCUAUAAGGGCUGUGUGUGCUGAGGCCAUGGUGGCUUAUGCCAACGAUAAGCGUGUAGAUUGGGUUCGAGAAUGGCCAGGCCAGGUUGUACUGUGUGCUUCCCAGGCUUACUGGACUCGUGAGGUCCAUGAGGCCAUUCCUGGGGGUCCUCAGGGGCUCAGAGACUACUGGAACACCCUACAGAAACAGCUCAACGAUAUUGUCAUCCUUGUACGAGGAAAACUCUCCAAACAGAUCCGAACAUCUCUGGGAGCUCUUGUUGUAAUAGAUGUCCAUGCACGGGACUCUGUUCUGGAAAUGGCUGAAAAAGGUGUUUCAUCAGAAAAUGAUUUCAACUGGCUAGCUCAGUUACGUUACUAUUGGGAGGAUGAAAACAUGCGUGUGAAAAUUACGAAUGCUACUGUCAAGUACGCCUACGAAUACCUGGGUAAUACCGGUCGGCUUGUCAUCACCCCUCUCACCGACAGAUGCUACAGGACCCUAGUUGGGGCCUUUCACCUCAACCUCAACGGGGCUCCCGAGGGGCCAGCCGGAACUGGCAAGACAGAGACCACCAAGGAUCUGGCCAAGGCUUUGGCUGUACAGUGUGUCGUGUUCAACUGCUCCGACGGUCUCGACUACAUUGCUAUGGGAAAGUUUUUCAAAGGAUUGGCAGCAGCUGGAGCCUGGGCCUGCUUUGAUGAGUUCAACAGAAUUGACCUUGAGGUGUUGUCUGUCAUUGCACAACAGAUUUUGUGCAUCAUCCGCGCAGUUCAAGGCCAUGUGGACACAUUCAUGUUUGAGGGCACAGAACUGAACCUGAAUCCAAACUGUUAUGUGUGCAUCACAAUGAACCCUGGUUACGCAGGAAGAUCCGAACUCCCAGACAAUCUGAAGGUUCUUUUCCGAACCGUGGCUAUGAUGGUACCGGACUACGCCAUGAUUGCCGAGAUCUCUCUGUACUCCUUUGGAUUCCAAAAAGCCAGAAAUCUGUCUGUGAAGAUCGUGACGGUGUAUAGACUGUGUUCUGAGCAGCUGUCCUCGCAGUUUCACUACGAUUAUGGAAUGAGAGCUGUCAAAGCUGUGUUAUCCGCUGCUGGUAAUCUCAAACUCCGAUUUCCGGAGGAUGAUGAAGACAUUCUUUUGUUGCGUUCCAUCAUUGAUGUCAACUUACCAAAGUUCUUAGCCCACGACAUUCCGCUGUUCAAUGGUAUCAUUUCCGAUCUGUUCCCCGGACUCGCCCUCCCUGAGGCAGACUACGAAGUGUUUAUCGACGCCAUGAAGACGAUCUGUGCGAAGAAGAAUCUUCAAUUUGUGGAUUUCUUCAGGGAGAAAAUCAUUCAGACUUACGAGAUGAUGAUCGUCCGACACGGCUUCAUGUUGGUGGGAGAGCCAUUUGGCUGCAAGACGUCGGUCAUAGAGACCUUGAGCGAGGGGAUGACACUCCUGACAGAACAGGGGGUUGAGGAUUACAACAAAGUCUUCUUCCGCGUCAUCAACCCAAAGGCCAUAACCAUGGGUCAGUUGUAUGGUCAGUUUGACCCUGUUUCUCAUGAAUGGACAGAUGGAAUUAUUGCCAACACUUUCCGAGAGUUUGCUUCGACAGAUACCCCUGACAGAAAGUGGGUUUUAUUUGACGGGCCGAUUGACGCCCUGUGGAUCGAAAACAUGAAUACUGUGCUGGAUGACAACAAGAAACUGUGUCUCAUGAGCGGUGAGAUCAUUCAGAUGUCCAAUGAGAUGAGUCUCAUCUUCGAGACCAUGGAUCUCUCACAGGCCUCGCCUGCCACCGUGAGUAGAUGUGGUAUGGUCUACCUCGAGCCGUCGACCCUCGGCUGGCGACCAAUCAUGCGGUCCUGGAUCAAUACCUUCACAGGAGCAAUGGUGAGGGAAGGUGCGGAAGUGAUCGAGGCGUUGUUUGAGUGGCUUGUAGACCCGUGCCUAGAAUUUGUCCGCAAAAACACAAAGGAGUACAUCGGGUCGAAAGAGUCCAACCAGGUGCGCUCACUCAUGUACCUUGUCGACAUGUUGAUGGCUGAAUCUCUUAGUCAAAAAGACGUGGACGAAAACAGACACCUGAGGACUUGGAUUACUUCGUCUGUGCUGUUUUCCAUCCCAUGGUCCAUAGCUGCCGUUGUGGACGUCGACGGUAGGGAGAAGUUUGAUCACUUUUACAAGGAUAUAGUCGGUGGUAAGAUGGACCAAUAUCCCAUGCCCAAAGCUGUUGGAAAACUGGAAGUACCUCUGCCUUCCGAACAAAACGUUUACAACGUCUUCUUCGAGCAAAAGGCUCGAGGCUUAUGGAAGCCCUGGAUUGAUUUGAAUAAGGGCUUAGAUACUGGGAAUAAGAAGAUCCGUGAAAUGCUUGUACCCACAAUUGAUACUGCUCGCUACAACUUCCUUAUGAACCUUUGUAUUGAGCACGGCAGAGCCAUACUGUUUGUGGGGCCAACUGGUACCGGUAAAAGUGUUUAUGUUCAGGAGAAACUGAUGAACAACUUGGAUAAGGACAGAUUCCUGCCUGCCUUCGUAAACUUCUCGGCACAGACCAGUGCUAACCAAACACAGAACAUCAUCAUGUCCAGAUUGGACAGACGUCGUAAGGGUGUAUUUGGCCCACAGAUGGGCAAGCGAGCAGUCAUCUUCGUUGAUGACCUCAACAUGCCCCAGAAAGAGGUGUACGGAGCACAGCCCCCUGUAGAACUACUGAGGCAGUACUUUGACCAUGGAAAUUGGUAUGACCUGAAGGAUACGUCAAAGAUAAUACUACAGGAUAUUCAGUUUAUCUCCGCCAUGGGACCUCCCGGAGGAGGCAGGAAUGAUGUCACAGCGCGUUUCCUGAGACAUUUUAACAUUGUGGCCAUGAACCCCUUCAAUGAGGAAACAAUGAUCAAGAUCUUCUCCACUCUGAUCUCAACUUACUUCAAGUCCCAAGAACUUACUGCGGAUUUCUUCUCGGUGGGGUCCUUAAUUGUGCAAGCCACCAAUGAUAUGUACAAGCAGGCCAUCGCUAGCUUGCUCCCCACACCAGCCAAAUCUCACUACGUCUUUAACCUACGAGAUUUCACAAGGGUCAUUCUGGGAGUCUGCCUGAUCAGAAAAGCUCAGGUGGAAAACAAGAAGUUACUGUCCAGGUUGUGGGUUCAUGAGGUCAUGCGAGUCUUCUAUGAUCGUCUCACCGAUGAUUCAGACCGAGACUGGUUAUUUAAGUCUGUGAAAAAGGCAACGAAAGAACACUUCAAAGAAGAUUUUGAUUCUCUGUUUGAGCAUCUGGCUGGAGGGGGCACAGGACAGGGCAUGGUGAUUGAGGAAGAUCUGAGAAGUUUGAUGUUUGGGGAUUACCUGGACCCUGAUGCCGAGCAAGAGGAUCGGGUAUACAGUGAAGUGAAGGAGAUCAACCAGUUCUACACAGUGGUGGAGUCGUGUCUGGAGGAAUACAAUAACACUCACAAAAACAGGAUGAACCUUGUCAUCUUCAGAUAUGUUCUGGAGCAUCUGUCCCGUAUCUGUCGUAUCCUACGAAUCCCUGGAGGUAAUGCCAUGUUGGUGGGAGUCGGUGGCAGCGGACGACAGUCUCUGACCCGACUUGCCACAGCCAUGGCUGGCUACAACAUUUUUCAGCCCGAAAUCUCCAAAAGUUACGGCAAGUUUGAAUGGAGGGAAGACAUCAAGUCUUUGCUCAAGGCGUCAGGUUGCCAGGGAAACACCACUGUGUUCCUCCUCACAGACACACAAAUCAAAGAGGAAUCCUUCCUGGAAGACAUUGAUAACCUUCUCAACACUGGCGAGGUUCCCAACCUGUUCGCUACAGACGAAAAGGCGGAAAUAAUGGAGGCAGUGCGACCGAUUGCCCAGGCUGGCGACAAGAAUGCCGACUUCAGCCCUCUGUCGCUGUUUGCGUUUUUUGUGAACCGUUGUCGAGAGAACCUUCACAUCAUCAUUGCGUUCAGCCCCAUCGGGGACGCCUUCCGUAACCGUCUCAGACAGUUUCCGGCUCUCAUCAACUGUUGUACCAUCGAUUGGUUCCAGCCUUGGCCCGAAGAUGCCCUGGAAAGAGUCGCCAAUAAGUUCUUGGAGCAGGUUGAGCUUGAAGAUCAGGAAAAGGUGGAGACUGUUCACAUAGUCAAGUACUUCCAUCAGAGUACAACCAAACUGUCCGACAAAUUCCUGCAAGAGCUUGGUCGCCAUAACUAUGUGACCCCUACCUCAUACCUAGAGUUGAUUAACUCCUUCAAAAAUCUCCUCAAGAGCAAACAGGAUGAAACGAUGAGGGCCAAGAGGAGAUACGUGGUCGGUCUGGAGAAGCUAGCCUUCGCCUCGACACAGGUGGCAGAAAUGCAGAAAGAACUGGAGGAGCUACAGCCACAAUUGGUAAAGAGCCAGGCGGAAAAUUCCAAAAUGAUGAUCGUCAUUGAGAAGGAGUCCGUCGAGGUCGAGGCCACCAGUAAAAUCGUCAAAGCUGACGAGGCGGUCGCCAACGAACAGGCAGCAAGCGCUCAGGCACUUAAAGACGAAUGCGAGGCUGACCUGGCUGAGGCCAUUCCUGCCCUUGAAGCAGCUUUGGCAGCUCUUAAUACACUCAAGCCAUCUGACAUUACCAUUGUGAAGUCGAUGAAGAGCCCGCCCUCUGGUGUGAAGCUGGUCAUGUCUGCAGUUUGUGUGAUGAAGGACAUCAAACCAGAUAAGAUCAACGACCCAGACAAGCCUGGACAGAAAAUAAUGGACUACUGGGGUCCCUCGAAAAAACUGCUGGGAGAUAUGAGCUUCCUUAGCAUGCUCAAAGAAUAUGACAAAGAUAAUAUUCCGGUCCAUGUGAUGACCAAAAUCAGGAAAGAGUUUAUUCCCAAUCCUGAAUUUGAUCCAGCGAAGGUUGCCAAUGCAUCCUCUGCUGCUGAAGGGUUGUGUAAGUGGAUCAUGGCCAUGGAAAUCUACGACCGCGUGGCUAAAGUCGUAGGCCCUAAAAAGGAAAGUCUGGCUGAAGCCGAAUCCGAUCUCAAAACCACUAUGUCAGCUUUGAAUGCCAAACGAGCAGAGCUAGCCGCGGUAGAGAAACGCCUUGCCGAUUUGAAGUCAACCUUCGAGGACAUGACGGCGAAGAAGCAACAGCUGGAGGACCAGGUCGACUUGUGUGGGAAAAAGUUGGUACGGGCCGAGAAGCUUAUUGGAGGUCUGGGUGGUGAGAAAGACAGAUGGACACAGGCUGCAGCCAACCUUCAGAACAUUUACGACAAUUUAGUAGGAGAUGUGUUGAUAUCGGCCGGAGUGAUAGCCUACCUGGGACCUUUCACCUUGGCCUUCCGAGAUAGUUGUACUGUGGACUGGGUCAAGACAUGUACUGAACGGAAGAUUCCAUGCUCGCAGGAGUUUUCCCUUAGCAAAAUCCUCGGGGAACCAAUCAAAAUCCAGGCCUGGAACAUCGCAGGGUUACCCAGAGACAGUUUCUCCAUUGACAAUGGUGUCAUCGUGGCAAACGCUAGAAGAUGGCCUCUGAUGAUUGACCCCCAGGGUCAGGCUAACAAAUGGGUAAAGAACAUGGAGAAGGACCACAAACUGGCAGUGAUCAAGUUUACAGACUUGGACUACAUGAGGAAUCUGGAAAACUGUAUCCAGUUCGGAAACCCUCUCCUGCUGGAAAAUGUCACGGAAGAGCUGGAUCCAUCUCUGGAACCCCUACUGCUAAAGCAAACAUACAAACAAGGUGGUGUUGAGAUGAUCCGACUGGGAGAGAACGUGAUUGAGUACAGCAAAGACUUCCGUUUUUAUAUCACCACCAAAUUGAGAAACCCUCACUACCUACCCGAGGUCGCCGUCAAAGUAUCCCUCCUCAAUUUCAUGAUCACCCCCGAGGGUCUGGAGGAUCAGCUGCUGGGAAUAGUUGUCGCCAAGGAACGGCCAGAGCUGGAGGAGGAGAGACAAGCCCUGAUUGUACAGAGCGCUGCCAACAAGAAGGCCCUCAAGGAGAUUGAGGACAAGAUCCUACACACUCUUUCUGCGUCAGAGGGCAACAUCUUAGAGGAUGAGUCGGCCAUCAAGGUCCUCGACUCCUCAAAGAUCCUCUCCGAUGAAAUCUCCAAGAAACAAAAGAUUGCCGAGGAGACGGAGCAGAAAAUUGACACAUCCCGUAUGGGUUACCGACCAAUCGCCAAACACUCCUCCAUCUUGUUUUUCUCCAUCGCUGAUCUGCCAAACAUUGACCCUAUGUACCAGUAUUCACUGACCUGGUUCGUCAACCUCUAUGUGGCAUCCAUUCAUGACAGCAACAAAUCCAAGAUUCUGGAGCGCCGUUUACGAUACCUCUCUGACUACUUCACUUACAGUCUCUACUGUAAUGUUUGUCGAUCCCUCUUUGAGAAAGACAAACUGCUCUUUUCUUUCAUUCUCUGUUCAAACAUGUUGUUAGCUAAGGAUGACAUGGACUCAGAAGAGCUCAUGUUCUUCUUGACCGGUGGUGUCGGCCUGGACAACACUCUGCCCAAUCCGGCCCCCACUUGGCUCUUAGACAAGAGUUGGGAUGAAUUGUGUCGACUGUCAGAUCUAAAACAUUUCAAAAAAUUAAGACCGCACUUUAUCAAGAAUGUGGAUGCUUGGAAGAAGUAUUAUAACUCGCGUGAACCACACAACGAAGUGUUACCAGAACCCUGGGACAAAGACUCCAACGAUUUCCAGAAAAUGAUGAUCCUCCGUGUCAUUCGACCAGAUAAGGUGAAUCCGUCUAUUACGAACUUUGUCCGUGAAAAGCUUGGUAAGAAGUUUGUAGAACCGCCUCCCUUUGAUCUGGCCAAGAGUUACGCCGACUCUAACUGCUGUUCCCCGCUGAUCUUCGUCUUGUCACCCGGAGCUGAUCCAAUCAUGGCACUGCUCAAGUUUGCCGAGGACAAGGGCUUCGGUGGAAAUAAAUUCAACUCAAUAUCUCUUGGGCAGGGACAGGGCCCCAUUGCCAGUAGGAUGAUUGAGAACGCCAAAAAGGAUGGGUCAUGGGUCGUACUACAAAACUGUCAUUUAGCAGUAUCCUGGAUGUCUGCCCUGGAGAAAGUCUGCGAGGAAUUCACACCAGAAAACAUUAAUCCUGACUUCAGGUUAUGGUUGACAAGCUACCCCUCAGAUAAGUUCCCGGUUACAGUGCUACAGAAUGGUGUAAAGAUGACCAAUGAACCGCCGACUGGGCUUCGUCAGAAUCUACUUCAGUCUUACCUUAAUGAUCCCAUCAGUGAUGGCGAUUUCUUCGUCGGCUGUCCUGGCAAGGAACUGCAAUUUGAGAAGCUUCUUUUCGGAUUGUGCUUCUUCCAUGCCUUAGUCCAGGAGAGACGUAAGUUUGGACCCCUCGGCUGGAACAUCCCAUACGGAUUCAACGAGUCGGACAUGAGGAUAUCUGUCCGACAGCUACAGAUGUUUAUUAAUGAGUAUGAAGAUAUUCCAUACGAUGCACUGAAGUAUAUGACGGGUGAAUGUAACUACGGUGGACGUGUCACGGACGACUGGGACAGACGCUGUCUCCUCACCACAAUGGCCGACUUUUACAAUUCUAACAUCAUCGAUGAACAGCGCUACAAGUUCUCCGUCAGCGGAAACUACUAUUCCCCGCCCAAAGGCUCGUACAACGACUACGUACAGUUUAUCAAGAACUUGCCUCAGCAACAGACUCCCGAGGUAUUUGGCAUGCACGAAAAUGUGGACAUCUCCAAAGAACUUCAGGACACCACCCUCUUGUUUGACUCGGUCCUUCUCACUAAGGGUCGUGGCGCUGGAGGAGGUGGCGGCGACACUGAUGCUAGUCUCUCCAACAUGGCUGGUGGCAUCAUUGCCAAGCUCCCCAAGAUAUAUGACAUAGAGGAGGCUACAAAGAAGUACCCUGUUGUGUACAAUGAGAGCAUGAACACAGUGUUGGUCCAGGAGAUGGAGAGAUUCAACAGAUUACUCUCAAUCAUCAGCUCAAGUCUUAUCAAUCUACAAAAAGCCAUUAAGGGUCUCGUGGUGAUGUCCUCUGAACUGGAGGACCUCGCAGCCAGUCUCCUUAUUGGUAAACUGCCUGCCAUGUGGUCCAAACGUUCUUAUCCAUCGCUCAAACCGCUCGGCAGCUACGUCAUAGAUUUCCUGGAGAGACUCAAGUUCUUGCAGAAAUGGUACGACGAAGGCAAGCCACCGUCCUUCUGGGUGUCCGGAUUCUUCUUCACCCAGGCUUUCUUGACCGGCGCCAUGCAGAAUUUCGCCAGGAAGUACACCCAACCCAUUGAUAUCCUGGCUUAUGACUUUGAGGUCAUGUCCGUGGAUUACACUCUGAUAGACGAUCCCCCAGAGGAUGGUGUCUACAUUUAUGGGCUCUUUUGUGAUGGGGCACGAUGGGACAAAAACAAGAGUGUUAUUGUGGAACAGUUGCCGAAGAUUCUAAACGAGGCUUUACCGACCAUGUGGCUGAGGCCGAAGAAAAAGGAUGAUAUUUUAGAGGGUGACCGUUACAAGUGUCCAGUCUAUAAGACAAGUGCCCGUCGUGGCGUCCUUUCGACCACUGGUCACUCCACAAACUUUGUCCUCUCGGUACUGUUGAACACGGACAACACGAAGGAACACUGGGUCAAGCGUGGUCUGGCCCUUAUGUGUCAACUAGACUCUUAGAGCAUUUUGCUGAUCAUUAUUAUUUUGUUUAUAUGCAGUUUCGUCCACUCAGUGGCAGGUCACCAGAAAGUACUCUGUAUAGAUGUAAAUGAUCUAACACUCCUGUGUCAACUGGACAUGGUUUAGUGGACACCGGUCAAGGAUUGACUGGUCAAACUUUUUUUGGAUUUAUAUGACAUUGACUAUUCAGUCGGAGAGAACCGAAAGAAAUAAAAUACUUUUAUUCAAAGUAUGGAUGUUAAAUCUGCUUAGAUACCAUCCCUACGAUAACAGUCGAUGGUGUGAGAUUGAUAAAUGGUGAUACAUGGUGUUGAGACAUUUACCAUUGGAUGGUGUUAUAUGAAAUCAAUUUAACUUUGUUUGGUGUGACAUCAUAAUAUACGAGUGGUAAUACCGAACCUGAAAUAAACAUUCGUAAAACAUCCUCGAAUCACAGUGAUAAUAAGUGCUGUGUUUUUUUUAAAUCGUAAGCUUUACAAUAUCGACCUGUAAAAGGUUCUUAAUAUUUUUCGUUAAAAGCAUGCAUGUCAUAUAUUCUUCCUCUGUGUUUUUAUUGAUCACAUUCCACAUCUUUUUGUUAUCGGAGAAAAAAAUCAAUUAAUUUUAUUAUCAAUGGCCACUUCACUAUGCGUGAAACACUUUUAUCUGUUCCACAAACAUGUGUGUUGACAUAGUCCGAAGAGUUAUUACCGUAGAAAUCAAUGAGUCACAAUUAUUUGUGUAUUUACACAACAAAUGCGCAUGCAACAGCUCACGGUAUUGUGAGUGUGAUCUGUUGUCACUUUUAGUCCCAUUUGUACAAAAUAAUCAUUAGUACAUUCUUCUUGGAUGGCACUCUCUGUCAGUCAAGGGUAGAUAACUCAAUUUGACAGACAAGGUCAAGGGGAGAUAACUGUAUUUGCUGCUGUGUUAAUGUGUAAGCUGCACAAACUAACUUUAGAUAGCAUUGCAAUGAUUUGUUAUGAGAUGUGUUUACUCUAAUAAUGACUAAGUAACAGUUAAGAAACAAGUAAAAUAGGAAUAUUCUUGAAAAUAUUUUUUAAAUACAAUCUUUUACAUAUGUGAAUAUAACCAAAAGAUUUUGCAUUAAAAAGCAGAUUUUCUUGGGAAAAAUAUAUUUAAAACUGCAUUGUUGCAGCCCUGUGUGUCGUUGCUACCUAUGAAGAUAUAUUAUUCAACAAUAUACUUUUUCUUCAGAUUUUUGUUCUGUAUUUAUUGCCAGUAAUGCUUAUCCAUAAACUGAGGCCCAUACAUUUAUGUAUCAAAAGUUAAAAAAAAAUAACAUGUUCCGUCCAGUAAGAUGAAAAAAAACCGGUCAUUGAUAGAAUAUAAUGUCAAUCUUGAUAUUUUCCUCAGUAAGAGAUAUUCUAAGUGCAGGUAGUAGUUUAGAUUCUUAAUUUAAAUUAAAUAGAAAUCCAUUUUACGAGAAUACUUUAAUUUUACAUGCAAUAAUAUACUAUAGGUCCAAUCCUUGUAUAUUGUUACAAUCAUUUUCCGAACUCUCCUCAUACUGUAGUUAUAAAUAUUUAAAUCAUGUCGUGAUAUAUAAAUGUACAGUAUAGAACUGUUCAAUACAUUCCCGUACGAAUUCCGUCCCCUUGGUUGUAUUACUUUAUUUACUGGGAGUCUGUUACGUGUAUAAAAAUACUGUUGUGUAUUAUAUUUUUGUUCACUUUUAUGCAUUUGUUGCAAAUACAAUAAGCUGUGAUAUAUUUAUACUGAAUAAAGAAUUCAACAUUGAAA